AGCGGGCGGGACCAGGGAAAGGUUCCGGGGGGCUGUGAUUCCUCGUGAUUGGUUGCUCUGCGUUGUGACUGACAGGUCCCAUUCUCCGGCUCUCCACUAAGCUCCGGUUGUUGACACUCUCCAAAAGUCCGCACGGCUCUCACGGGUAACGGAGACGUUAUUAGGCUCGUCCCGGGUCCAUCUGUUCCCUCUGCUGUCCGUCUCCAGGACGGAGACAACCCGUCGCACGGAAACAACUUGCCUACCAUCGUGGAUUUCCUGUUGUUUUUUUCCCGACUCAGUGUGUUUUGAACUUUUCUUGCUCCCAGAAAGCUCGUGACGCCGUCUCUUUCCUCCCGUGGCUCUGCUCGGAGACCGAGAGAAAUGGCAGAGAAGCGGCGGUCCCCGUGCGCGCUGAGCGUCAAGGCGCACGCAUUUUCGGUGGAGGCGCUGAUCGGAGCCGAGAAGAGACGCAGGAAGGCCGGGCAGGAUGCCGUGUCCGCCGACCACGAGGACGGAACGGAUGUCCCUGAUCUAACCGGGAGCCCGGGGCCGCGAGCCGACAGAGCGUGCACCAGCGCGGGCAGCGAGGCAGAGUGUGCAAGUGACGGAUCCCCAGAGAGCGAGGACGCGCUGCUCGGGAGCCCGCAGCCCGCGGCCGGUCCGUGCACGGCGCCGGUAACCGCGAGCGGAGAGGAGACCCGCGUGGACCUGCAAGGAUCAGACCUGUGGAAGCGGUUCCACGAGAUUGGCACGGAAAUGAUCAUUACCAAGGCUGGACGGCGGAUGUUUCCCGCUAUGCGUGUGAAGAUUUCGGGCUUGGACCCCCAUCAGCAGUAUUACGUUGCCAUGGAUAUAAUCCCCGUGGACAACAAACGAUACAGGUACGUGUACCACAGCUCCAAGUGGAUGGUAGCGGGGAAUGCGGACUCGCCUGUGCCGCCCAGAGUGUACAUCCACCCGGACUCCCCGGCCUCUGGAGAGACGUGGAUGCGUCAGGUGGUCAGCUUCGACAAACUCAAACUGACCAACAACGAACUGGACGACCAGGGACAUAUCAUUCUGCACUCCAUGCACAAGUACCAGCCGCGGGUCCAUGUGAUCCGUAAGGAGUGUGGAGAGGAGCUAUCCCCAGUGAGAGCCAUCCCCGCCGGGGAAGGCACCCGCACCUUCGGCUUCCCCGAGACUGUGUUCACCACCGUCACGGCGUAUCAGAAUCAACAGAUUACAAGGCUGAAAAUUGACAGAAACCCAUUCGCCAAAGGCUUCAGAGACUCUGGCAGAAACCGGAUGGGUCUGGAGGCUCUGGUUGAGUCUUACGCGUUCUGGCGUCCGUCUCUAAGGACACUCACAUUUGAGGACAUCCCUGGCAUUACCAAGCAAGGGAUCCCAGGAGUUCAUGGUGGGAUCGGACCAUCGUCCCACCUGCUCUCCGCGUCCCCGUGCUCCUCACCGUUCCAGGUCUGCCCCCUCAGCCCGCCUGACUACACCUGCAGCCGGCCCACACACCCUCUCCAUCGCUACAGCAACCCCCCGGAGCCGUUCCCCUCUCCCAGAGGUCCGUCGGCGUAUGAAGGCGGGUUCUGUUCUCUGCCUCUCCCCGCGUCUCAGUUUGGCUACCCCGCGCCGCAGGGUUACGCCGGGCUCCGCCUCCACACGCCGCCCUACAGCCUGUACGGUUACACGUUCCCUCCCUCGCCGCGCCUCGCGGCCAGCCCCGAUAAAAUGGCCGCCGCUGCCACUGCCAAUCACCAGAGUCCCUUCCUGGGCUCGUCUCCCAGUGGGACUCUCACGGACAGUCUGGGCGUACUCAGUGGAGGACAGCAGGGCUUCUUGUUUGACUCCCGGACUUUAGGACUGGCGGGUAGCCAGCCGGGAGGCGGGGCCUCACAGGUCACUGCCCACAUGGGCUGAAUGGGACUCCAGACAUCUAGGUUGUCACGGAAAAACGAAA